UUCAGUUUUCCCUCAAUAAUGGCAGGCCACAAUUGUAGUUCCUCUCGUGUUUCGGACACUAGAUCUUUUUCCCCUUCCAUGUUCGAAAUCGAGCUAAGGGCAACGUUUGUCAUAGUGGACAGAAACGGUGGCGUUUCCACGGAGGUGGGGAGGAUUAUUUCUCACGUCAUCCACGAUUUCCCUUUGGAAGACCUGAUUAGCGAUGGGAACGGCGCCGUUUCGGACAUGUUCAACUCGAUGCGCAUCCCAGUUCAGCCCUCGAAGGUUGAAGAAGUAGCGGCCUCCGCGGUUCGGUUGGCGGUGGCUGCGAGGGACGGAGGAUGCAAGGUUUUGAGAAUGCGGGUGCAGGUUGAGGCGGUUGUCGACGAGGUGCCUGACUUUGGGAACGGUGAUGACACGGAUGAUGAAAAUGAAGACGAAGAGGCGGCGGCGGUGGAGAAUCUGGUGAAAGUGAUGGUUGAAGGGUCGGGAAAGGAUUGUCCGAUCUGUUUGGAAGAGUUGACAGUGGGGUCGGAAGGUGUGUGCAUGCCUUGCUUGCAUGUUUUUCAUGAUACUUGCAUUGUGGCUUGGCUCAACAAAAAGAAACAUUGUCCUUGUUGUCGUUUUAAGUUGUCUUAGGUCUUAGUUAAGUUAGUUUCACC